AUGGCCAAGAACACCGCCGUGGCUGAGCCCAGGGCCCGCCAGCCUGAAGUGUCUGCAGCCUGGAACCGCACCUGCCCCGUCCUCCCAGGCUCGCGCUCUGGGCUCGUGCGGCGCGUGGAGCUGGCCCCUGCGUCCGUCCGCUGCUGCGGCCAGGAUUUAUCGUCGAGUCGCACCACCGGGGAACUGAUCACUAAUUUACAGUUCAUCACAAAUCAAGAACAUUGGAAAAUGAAGCCUAGGAGAAAUCUAGAAGAAGAUCAUUUGACUAAGGACUCCGGAGAGAGGAGCAUGUUGAAAAGACCUGUGCUUUUGCAUUUACAUGAAACAACCCAUUUUGAUGAAUUUGAUUGCCUCUCAGAGCUUCAGCAAAAACAGGAAUUCUUUCCAAAAUGGCAACUACCAAUUAAAAUAGCCGCCAUCAUUUCUUCUCUGACUUUCCUGUACACUGUUUUGAGGGAAGUAAUUCAUCCUUUAGCAACUUCCCAUAAACAGUAUUUUUAUAGAAUUCCCAUCCUGGUCAUUAACAAAGUUUUGCCCAUGGUUUCUAUCACACUCUUAGCACUGGUUUAUUUGCCAGGUGUGAUCGCCUCAGUAGUACAACUACUGAAUGGAACCAAGUAUAAGAAAUUCCCACACUGGUUGGAUAAGUGGAUGUUAAGCAGAAAGCAAUUUGGGCUUCUCAGUUUCUUUUUUGCUGUUUUGCAUGCCAUUUAUAGCCUGAGCUAUCCAAUGAGGCGAUCCUACCGAUACAAGUUGCUAAACUGGGCAUAUCAACAGGUACAACAAAACAGAGAAGAUGCCUGGAUUGAGCAUGAUGUUUGGCGAAUGGAAAUUUACGUGUCUCUGGGAAUUAUGGGACUUGCGAUACUUGCUCUGUUGGCUGUGACAUCUUUACCAUCAGUGAGCGAUUCUUUGACUUGGAGAGAAUUUCAUUAUAUCCAGAGCAAGCUAGGAAUGAUUUCCCUUCUGCUGGGCACAAUACAUGCAUUGAUCUUUGCCUGGAAUAAAUGGGUAGAUAUAAAGCAAUUUGUGUGGUACAUGCCUCCAACUUUCAUGAUAGCAGUUGUCCUACCAAUUGUUGUCCUGAUAUGUAAAGCCAUACUGUACCUGCCAUGCUUGAGGAAGAAGAUCCUGAAGAUUAGACAUGGUUGGGAAGAUGUCACCAAAAUUAACAAAACUGAGAUAUCUUACCAAUUGUAGAGUUAAUAUGUUUACACAUUUUGUUCAAUAUUGAUAUAUUUUAUCAUAAAACACUGCAAAAUGUAUUUGUUUAAUAAAGACAACCAUGGGGAGUUUUAACUA